UUCACCCUAAAAAAUUAAUUGAAAAUACAGUACUGAAGCGAUGGUACAAUCCCAGGCUGCAAUUUCCAUUUUAAAAGUGAAUAUUAACUGUUGCGACAAGUGUCGAUCGAAAGCGAAGGAAAAACUGCAAAAAAUCGACGGUGUGGAGUUUAUCGAAUAUGAUUCGGAGAGAGUGUUAAAAAUUUCCGGGAAAAUAAACCCAAUGAAUAUUGUGAAGAAGGUUGAAAAAUGGGGGAAAAAUGCGGAGGUUUUGUCUUUGCAACAAUCCCUUAAUAGCACUGAUAGUGUCCAUCAUGAAUCAAAAUCCGAAAUCCACAAUGAUGGUUGUUGUCAUUGUGAUUUGAUUUCCGAUUCUGAUUUUGAAAAUCAAGAUGGUGAAGUUUGUGUAUUGAACGAAACUAACCCCGGUAUCACUUUGAACAAGCAAAACACAAAGAGUAAACUCAAGAAAAGGUGCCUUUGGUUGUUCGGGUUGUUUCGUAAAAAGAAGUCAGACGAGGUAACUAUGUCGAGGGAACCUUCGAUGGGGAAUGGACCAUUGAAAUGGCAAUUUCCGAGAAUACCAAUGCUGGAAUAUGGUGGUCCUAGGCCAUACUAUCAACCGUUUCAGUCUUGUUAUCCGCCGAUGAUGGGAAGGCCAUUGGGACCUUCAUAUUAUCCUUUUGCGGUUAUGCGAUCACCGCCACUGUACGGUGUUUUCAACUCUCGGCCACCGCCGAAAGUUAACCCUAUGAUUCAUUAUACUAGUUAUGCAGACAAUUAUAGUCCAUGGUAAAAACUGUUUUAUUUUAAUGGUUGAACAUGUUUUUGCCUUUUCUUUGUGUCUUUGCUUUAGAGAUAUUAGAAGGUAAUUCUUUUUUUCUUUUCUCUUUUUUGCCUCCGUUUGAGAUCUUUUAACAAUAAAUUUAAUUUAAACUCUAUUGGUAUUUAUAUUUUUUUAUUGAGUUUUUAACCAAUUCAACUUUCUCAUAAGAUUAGUACUUAAUAAAUUUCCAUGUAUAUGCUUCUCAUCAAACCUGAUCAUUUACGUAUUUUUUUAUAUAAUACUUAAAUAAUAACUCCUCCUCAACUCGUAAAUAGGAAGAUAAAACACGCUUAAACUUAUGUUUCUUGUCGAUACCAAUCAAUUAAAGACCUAAUCAAUCCUUAAUGUCAUCCCUAAAAUUGUCGGCCAUCAAGACUAAGCACACCAUUUAGUUCUCUAAUUGGCGUCCAGCCAGGUUUAGCUGAGGUUAGUGUGAAACGAUAGGAGAGGAAUAUCAAACAAUCAAACCUACAUAGAAGUCCGAACAUAGGAUUACAAUUUUUUAAAUUUUUAUUAAUAUUGUGAAUUCAUUAACUAUUUGAUCAAAACUAAAUGAAUCGACACAACAUAAAUAUGUGAUGCAAUUUAUCAAAAGCUCAAAAACCAUAGACAUGAUUUGUUUUGUAUGGGAAAAAAGAAAUUGAUAACUUAAUUCAAUGUGAUAAAUAGAUUUACCACAAUAAUUUUAUUUUAUCUUCAAUACUAACAAAGAGAAAGAAGAAUGAAAAAGAAAAUAAUGUAUUUACAUUAAAUACAGGUAUGUACAUGUUUUAUACAAAAUAUACAUUUGUUUUUCUUCACCAAAAGGGACACCACC